AUGGCAGCAGUUGACAGGGAGGUAACUGCCCGUGUCAUCCUUCAACAGUGUUUACAUGCCAAGCUGCAGGUUAAACCUCCAGAUGAAGACUCUGAGGCAGAAUGGACAGAGAUACAAAGGGGUAUGGUUAUCUAUCUUUGCUUUUUUAAAGGAUCAACCAAAGAUGUAAUUCCAAAAAUAGUGAGCUCGGUGCUGAAAAUAAAAUUGAGUGAAACGGAAAAUGGGAAGCAUGUAUCAAUCAUUGAACUUCCAGGAAACAUUCUGAUUGUCCCUCAGGCAACUCUUGGAGGAAAGGCAAAGGGCCGCUGCAUGCAGUACCAUUCAAAUGCAGGCAAGGAGCUUGGCAUGGAGUUGUAUGCACAGUUCAUAUCUCAGUGCCAACAAGAAUUGGAAUCUCACCCUAGCUGGGUUGAAGCUGGGACUGUGCUGCGUCAUGGGACAUAUGGAAACAGACAGGUUUUGCAGCUUGAUACCAAUGGACCUUACACACAUUUACUGGAAUUCUGA